AUGAUAUCGCCUAGCGCAGGCAGUAGUCGCGACGCCUCGACCAGCGCGGAGGACGCACCCAUCGGGCCCAAGCGUGAAGUAGACCAGCCUUUGUGCUGUCUGUAUCCGGGUUGCUCCGCGAAACCCUUCGGUCGACGCAAAGACCUGGAUCGACACUACAAACAGCGCCACGUCCCUAAGUCAUUCUACUGUGACUAUGCCCAAUGCAAACGCAGUGUGGAGCCGUUCAGCCGACUGAAUCGCCUUCGCGAGCACCUAAGGACUGUUCACAAGGAAGCUAUUGGGACUGAACCUGCGACCGUCACCAAGGAACUGGUUAAAGGCGGCCAGGCAUUGAUGAAGUGGUGGCGAUGUGCAAACUGCCUGAACAGGGUCGAUCUUGGUCCGUACUGGCGAAACAUUCAUCUCGAAGGAGAGGAAGAUCGGCUGCUGGAGCAACUUCUCAACAGGCAACUCGAUGAAUACUGCAGAGCAAGGCUUACGCCAUGA